UUUAUUAAUAAGUUUUUUUCCCCUUAACUUUUAGAGCCCUUAGUAUGAUUAAAUCAAAUUUGGUUGGGGUAAGAUUCAUUUAAUAAGAAAACCUACAUUUUCGAGUGUAGGACUGAAAAAAAAUGAAUUUUUAAAAUUGGAAAAAAAAAUUUAAGAAUAAAUUUAUUUUUUAUUUUGGGGGGAGCCUCUUCCCUCUUUUUAUCACUAUAUAUACAAAGUCGAAUCAGCAGAAAAUUGGAACUAAACAAGAAUUGAAGAGAAAAUUAAAAAAUGGAACUUGUCAUCCUUCUCUUCUCCAUCUCACUAAUUUUCUUCAUAAUUCUCAAUAUUACUAAAUCCACCACGAAGCUACCACCUGGUCCUACUGGCUUUCCAAUAAUCGGCUCACUCCUCCAGCUCGGCUCAAAACCCAACCAAUCACUAGCCGAGCUAGCCAAAAUCCACGGCCCUCUCAUGACUCUAAAACUCGGCUCGAUCACCACCGUUAUAGCUUCCUCCCCUGAAACAGCCAAAGAAAUCCUCCAAAAACACGACAAAACAUUCUCGGGUCGCACAAUUCCCGACGCAGUCUCUUCCCAACCGAAUCGGGAAGCCACGUUGGCGUGGGUCCCUCCCGACAACAUUUGGCGGAACAAGAGAAGAAUAUGUAACACGCAAAUGUUCACUAACCAAAAACUCGAUUCGCUUCAAGAGCUACGCCACCAAAAGGUGGAACGCCUAGUGAACCAUAUAAGGAGCCGCUGCGAGAGUGGCUCCGCUGUUGAUAUUGGACGGGUCGUGUUUGCGACCACGUUGAAUUUAAUAUCCAACACCAUUUUUUCAAUCGAUACGGUGGAUCCAGAAUUUAAAACGGCUCAUGAGUUUAAGGAAUUGGUAGGGACAAUUAUGAAAGAUGCCGGGGUACCAAAUCUAUCUGAUUUUUUUCCGGUUUUAAAGUGGUUCGAUUUACAAGGAGUACGGAGACGUAUAAGGCCAGCGUAUUUAAGGUUGCAUGAAAUAUUUGAAGAAAACAUUGAGAAAAGAGUAAAAGGGAUGACGAUGAAGAGAGACGGAGAUUUUUUGGAUGUACUACUUGAUCACUGUAAAGAUGAAAAUGAUCGCAAAACUAUAAAGCCGAUAAUCCUUGAUUUAUUCAUUGCUGGAAGUGACACAUCGGCCAUAACAAUAGAAUGGGCAAUGGCAGAACUUCUUCGAAAACCUGAAGAACUCAACAAAGUAGGACAAGAAAUAAUGGAACAAAUAGGGCUAGAAAGGGCAGUUAAAGAAUCAGACAUGGACAAACUCCCAUACCUUCAAGCAGUUGUAAAAGAAACGAUGAGACUUCAUCCAGCAACUCCAUUACUCUUACCUCACAAAGCCCAACACGACGUACAAGUGUUGGGAUUUACCGUGCCCAAAGACAGUCAAGUUUUAGUGAAUGCUUGGGCCAUUGGAAGAGAUCCCAAGUCAUGGGAAAGGCCGCUAGAGUUUCUGCCUGGAAGAUUCAUGGAAUCUAGUGUGGAUUAUAAAGGUAGAGAUUUUGAGUUUAUACCAUUUGGCGCGGGCAGGAGAAUAUGUCCAGGUAUGCCGCUGGCUAUAAGAAUGGUGAAUUUGAUAUUGGCUUCUAUUAUACAACCAUUUAAUUGGAAGUUACCAGAUGGAAUGACACCAGAAAAAUUGGACAUGGAGGAACAGUUUGGAGUUACUUUAAAGAAGGCUAUUCCUCUUAUUGCAAUACCUAGUAUCACUACAUCAAACCAUUGAGUAAUGACAACAACUUAAUUAUCGCUAUAUAUAUAUAUAUAUUUUUUUUUUUAGUAAUAAUAAAUACUUUUUAUAUGUUUUUAAAGUCUUUAAAGAUGAUAGUUCUAAUGACACUUAACUAAUAUCGUUUAAAGACUUUAGCUAACAUUCUUUAUUAAUGUGUAAAUUUAUCAUUGCUAAAAGUUAUUUUUAUGGUAGUAUAUGAAAUAAAACAAGGUUAUACGGUA